UCAUAUAUUAAACCCUUAUUUUAAUUUUUGAUUUUCUGUUCAUUAGUAUAACUGAUUGCUUCUCUUCUCAUCUACCAUUCUUCUUCCUCUUCUUCAUCAUCACUCAUCAGCGUCCGAUGUUUGUCUAUUGUAUGUAAUGUGUGUGUCAUAUACGUAAGAAGACACCUAAUAGAAAUAUCUUUACGCAAACGCACUUUAAUUCUUCCCAAUCCAACCCCUUUAUUAGGGCUUAAAAUUUAGUACAUUUUUUCCCACAAAGAAUCGGAGCCAAUAAAUACGUUUAACGGUUAUUUUGUGAAAAAAGAAUAAAAUCCAAUCUGGGUUUUGGAUUGUUGAUUAGAAUUGGAUUGUUGAUUGAGUGGUUAAUGACGUUUGCUGGGAAGGAUGAGGAGGAAGGGGUGGAGGUGAUACCAGCUCCGUUAUUGGGGUUGGAGAGGGAGGAGGAUCUGAAGGGUAAUUAUGUAAAAUUAGGUGGAGAUGAAUUGGAAAAGGAAGAGAAAAAUGGUUUCUUUGGUGGUGGGGGUUGCAAUUGCAUGGGUGCAUCAUCAUCAGGCCUUGGAUAUGAAGGCAAAAGCAGCAGCAGAUGUUGGUCUCUUUGGUGGUGGGCUAAGCUGGUGCUCCUCCUCAUUUUUGUUGGAGUUUUGGCUGUUGUUUUUCUCAAAUGGGUCGGACCUUUUUUCAUGGAUAAGGAGAUUAUUCCCAUACUAAAUUGGGAGACAAGAACUUUCAGUACUCCGGUACUUGCAGUUCUAGUUUAUGCUUCUGUGGCAAUUUUCCCAACCCUCAUUUUACCUUCCACUCCCUCCAUGUGGGUAGCUGGGAUGACAUUCGGAUAUGGAUAUGGUUUUCUACUUAUCAUCGGAGCACUUCCUAUUGGUGUAUCUCUUCCUUAUUUCAUAGGUCAUCUUUUCCAUCACAGAAUCCAAAGCUGGAUAGAAAGAUAUCCCAAGAAUGCUUCUAUUAUAAGACUAGCUGGUGAAGGGAAUUGGUUUAACCAGGCUCGAGCUGUUGCAUUGAUCAGGAUUUCCCCUUUUCCAUAUAUAGUUUAUAAUUACUGUGCAAUGGCAACUGGAGUCAAGUAUGGUCCUUAUUUGCUGGGGACACUCGUUGGCAUGGUCCCAGAAAUAUUUGUUACAAUUUACACGUAAGCAUUCUCUUUCUUUUCUUGCUCUUCAGAGUUGCUCGGUGGAUGUAUUUUUGUUACAGCAUUUAUCUGAUUUAAUUGAAAUGUAUGUUAGGUUUGGGCCAGGUCCUCCCUUCCCUUCCUCCAUAUCUCCGUCCCUCUCCUCACCCCACACCUCUAUUUCUAAAGAAUAGAAGCAACCUUUCUCGCUGAAUCAUAUGUGUGAACAUUUGGAUACUCUACUGACUGCUAAUACCCAUUAAAAGAAGAAUGUUGACUUGCCUCAGUUCUCUUGUUCUAUGACUGAUGACCGACUUAAUGUGAAGCUUAUACACUUCACAUUUAGAUGUAGGCUAUGUUACUCGGACUCUUCAAAAAUGUUGUUGGGUGCAUGUCGGAUCCUCCAAAUUUAGUGCAUUUUUGGAGGAUCCGACACGGGUGCGACAGCACUUUUGGAGAGUCCGAGCAACAUAGGAUGUAGGUAAGUUCUGACAAUGCAAAACGUGGUGCUCAGUUAGGUUGCACUAAUAUCUGUUUCAAGUCUUGUAUACCUAUAAUGGUUUCUUUAGUUGGGAUAUGUUCAUGGUGUGGAAAGAGAUUAUAUGCAUGUGGAUAUAAAUGUUAAUUGUUCUUAUGUUAAAGUCAAACUGGUUAAUUUUUGAGCUGUUCUGAAGUAGCAAUUUGAGGUGUUAGACAUGUAAUCUUUUCCUACCAUGUUCAAUGAUGGUGGGAAAGUUGUUUGGGUCGCCUUCCUUUGUCGUUGUUCUUGCCAUGCUUAUAGUUGCCUUUAAUUAUGAACUUAGACGCUUAGUAUGCUCUCUACAAGUGAAGACCAUUGCAGGAUUUUGAAAAUUCCCCUAAUUUUCAAUUGUGAGAAAAAAACUAUUUCUUCCUAUUAUUGGGCCUUGUGAAUUUUUGUUUUCGUAUGAAUAGUUAUGCCAUUCGUCUUUAACAAAAAACUAUGCCAUUUGUCAAACAUACAAAAUGAUUGAUGUUAAAGAAGAUUUUGUAGAUGAUGUGGAGUCAUUGUUAGAUAUCAUAAUUCGUAGUCCUUGUAAAAACAAGGAUAUACUUUUGCCUAUAAGAACUUUAAAGGUGUCUCAUAGCACAGCCUUUGUGCUAAAGAUAUAUAACAUCGUUACCUUUCUUAAAAAAAGAUGAUAUGAUGCUUAAGAAACUGAUAGAAAAAGGUAUAAAUUCUUUGCGAUCUACAUACUUUUUCACUAAGAUAGACUUUUUCACUAAGAUAGUCCUCGCUUAACUAAAAGCCUUAGACAUACUGCAACCAGUGCCCUGCUUCCUUGUUCUAUUUUGUAUAGGCAUUAGGGGGACUGUAUGUUGUACGAUGCUCAAGCUUUUCAUCUAUUUUUUUAUUUUUUGAAAAGUUAAUUUAAGCUCUUGCGGUCAAUAGAUUAUCUCUUGCAAUAGUUCUCUGUUUUCU